AUUAAGCUGCAGAACAACAUAUCCUAUCAAAUGGCAGACAUACAUCGUUUAAAGGAACAACUAGCAGAAUUACGUCAGGAAUUCAUUCGCCAGGAAGAUCAGCUUCAUGAGUACAAGAAGAACAAUACUUACCUUACAAGGAGAUUGGAAUACGAUAGUCUGCAGUGUGGGCAGCAGAUCAAGGAAAUGAGACUGCAGCAUGAAGAAAACAUAAAGAAAUUAAUGGACCAAAUUGUGCGGGAACAAAAGGCCACACAAAAAAUUCAGUCCAGUAAAGACACUGAAGUAAGUCCCAACAAUGCUGACCAGGCAAUAUCUAAGACUGUUCCAGAGGCAGAAGAUAAAAACGCUGUAAAGAAUGAGCAGCCUUCGGAUCAUGUUGUAAAUGGCAAAGAGAAAAUCAAACCAGGAGGAGAUGCAGGCAUGCCUGAAAUAGAAGAUAAUGACCCAGCUAAAGCUGAAGAUACUCCCACUGCUUUAAAGAAGCCACUUAUUUCAGCUCCUAAAAGUGAAGGUCAUCAGCCCGUUAUAAAUCUUCCAACCGAACAGCCCCAUGCUCCAAAUCUGGCACCAGGUUUGCACAGUGACAAUGAUGGAAAUGCUGACAUUGCGAAGCAGAUACCUCCAAAUUCUCUCCAGCACCUAAAUUUUGAAGAAAAUAUGGAAAACCAGAAAGAACACAAAAUUGAGACGGACCAUAUAAAGAUUCCAAAGAGCAGAGUUAGUGACUUGCAGAAGAUGAAGCAAAGCCGAUUCUUUGAUGAGAAUGAAUCCCCUGUUGAUCCGCAGCAGGGUUCUAAACUGGCAGAUUAUAAUGGGGAUGAUGGUAACGUGGGUGAGUAUGAGGCAGACAAACAGGCUGAGCUGGCUUACAAUGAGGAAGAGGAUGGUGAUGGUGGAGAAGAAGACGUCCAAGAUGAUGAAGAGAGAGAUCUACAAAAUGACCUCGUUGAUUAUGGCAAGCCACGCUUCAGCGAUGGCGUUCUUUAAGGCCCGAGUUGAGCAGAAACCACGGCUGAGAAGAGAUCUCCACUGAGGAACUUGAAGUGCUGCAAAACUGAACCAUUUUUACGUCGGCGUUGCUGACUUUAAAGGAAGCUGAUAAUUAAAAGUGAUGAGUACGCUCGAAGUCAGCGAAGUGACAGAAGGAAACAGUUCUGUACAUAUGUACAUAGUUGUACUAUUGCAAAUUGUAUUAAAAUACAUUUUUGUUGUUACAUUGAGCCAAUUGCUUAGACUGUACCUUAUCUGUAAUAAUCUUUACAUUUAAAACCAAUAUUAUAAAUACGGGCUGAAUUGUUUCUGCAAUUUAGAAAACUUUGUAAACUGGAGAACUUGUACAGUUUGUAUCUCAUGUAACAAAUACACUGUGGAAACAAUGUACAGCCAAAGGACUCCUUUUCUACACUACCUGUGUGAGCAAAAAUAUUCCUGCUUCUCUCACGAGUGCUGUGGUUUUGCGUUUUGCAGGUGAGCUGUCAGUUGAGAAUGAAAACUGAAUGUUUAAAAAAUUGCUCCUUCCUU